AUGGAUUCUGACGCAGGCUCCACCUGCAGCCGCUCCUCAUCCCCUGACCUGGUGGUGGACGACUCUCCCGGAGGCCUCUUCUCCAACAGAUUGUUCCAGACUUACUGCAGAGAAAAUAUAGCAGAAAGUGAGGGCAGCAAAGGCAGAAUGAGCAGCAGUGGACGUGAAAAGACCAGGACCAGGUCUGAGCUCAGCAAGGACGAGGUUCAAGACCUGAGACUGAAAGUCAACAGUCGGGAGAGGAAGAGAAUGCAUGAUCUUAACCAGGCAAUGGAUGGCCUGAGGGAGGUGAUGCCCUACGCUCAUGGACCAUCAGUACGCAAGCUUUCAAAAAUCUCCACCCUGCUGUUAGCGCGCAACUACAUCCUCAUGCUCUCCAGCUCUUUGGAGGAGAUGAAAAAGCUUGUGGGUGAUGUUUACGGAGGCAGUGCUGCCAUCCAGAGCCGCUCUGCUGCCCUCCCUGCUAUUAGCCCUGCUGCCUCUACUCCACAUUUCCCUCUUCAUCCUCUGGCCCAGUCUCUGCACUCUCUGGUGAGCAGCACCCCUUCAGCUAUCCAGAAUCUCUCAACUUCUGCUGCAGCACCAGCCACGCACUCACCUCCACCUGCCAGCUUCUUGGGUUUUCAUUCUCCAGUCCAGGGACUUCUUAAGGACCACCAUCAUCUGGCCAGCUCCUACGGCCACUUCCCAGGCAUGCCUUGCCCCUGCACACUCUGCCAGCCUUUGCCUACGACUAGCUCCACACUACAUAGCCUGUCGAGGACCAAAUGA